AUGUACACCACUAGCGUAACGCCAUCGCUUUCCGUGGCGCGCAAACAUCAAUAUCCCGUCACCCUCGACUACGCUCGCUCCUUCCUCGCCGCGUCACCCUCACGUUCUCUCUCCCCGCGCAAUCUUCGUCCCCCUCCCUUCCCAUCGUUCCUUCAUUGUUACCCUCCAUUUCCAUCGCCCCCAUUGUCCCUGCUCCCUUCUCGUCGCCCUCCCUACCGACUGAUCAGCCCUCCGUCGCCCUUCCACUCUCCCGUCGCCCUCCCUCUCUCCGCGCCCUUCCCAUCUCCUUCGCUCUCUUCCCUCCCUUCACUCAUCGCCCUCCCUCUCUCCGCGCCCUUCCCAUCUCCUUCGCUCUCUCCCCUCCCUCCCCGUCGCCCUCCCUCUCUCCGCGCCCUUCCCAUCUCCUUCGCUCUCUCCCCUCCCUCCCUCGCCCUCUCUCUCUACUCGCCCUUCCCGUCGCCGUCGCUCUCUCCUCCCCCACCCAACCUCCCCUCCCAUCGCCCAACUCGUCGCCGUCGCGCUCGAUCUGGAACGCCCUCCCCGCGCCCUUCGUACUCUCGAAUCAUCCACGCGCUUCGUACCUCGUCGUCCUCACGCUCAGCCGAAAUGCUCGCCCGUCGCAUUUCGUAUUUCCCUUCCCAUCACCGACCUCGUCGCCUUCACGCUCUCCUCGAAAUGCCAUCCCGUCACCCUUCUUCUCUCCCCUCCCAUCACUCAUCUCGUCGCCCUCGCGCACUACCAUUCCGCGAUUUUGCUCUCACAUUUCUCUGCACGCGUCCUUGUUUCCGUCGCCCUAUCUCUCUCGUAUCUCGUCACAUUGAAACUCUCUGUUGUUUUUCUCUUGUCUUUCCUACGCUGUGA